AUGAAAUAUUGUAGUGGUACUUGUACAAAAUUAUUUAACAUAAUCAAAUCAAGUAUAUUGUUCUUUCGACAUCAUGGUUUUUUAAUUAUACGUUUUUUAAUAUUAUUUAUCUUCUGUUUACUAUUACUCUAUUUUUCAUCUAUUCAUUAUUAUUCAUUCUAUUGUACAAAUCGAUUUCAACAAAGUUUAAUUCAAGCUAAUAAACGUAAUUUAUGGAAUACAAUAAAUGGUGUAAGAAAUCAAUUUAUGCCAAUAUUAAUGCCAGUUUGUGAUCGACCACAUUAUUUAAAAAGAGUUUUAGAUGGUUUAACUAGAGUUGAUGGAAUAAAUGAGACAGUUGUCAUUAUUUCUCAAGAUUGUGCAUUAUCAUCGAUUACAUCUACACUAUCAUCUAUAUCAUCACAUAUUCGUAUACUUAUUCUUCCACAUACUCCUCCAUAUUUUUCUUUACCACGUUAUGUUGAUACUAAUGAAUAUGCUACAUCUGCUAAUGUUAAAUUUUUAUUAGAAUUUGCAUUUGAAUAUAUGUUAGCUGAUGGAGCCAUUCUUCUUGAAUCUGAUCUAAUACCAUCUGUUGAUUUUUAUCGUUAUCAUCAAUGGACAUAUAAAAAACUAUUAAAUAUAAAUAAUUCGAAAAUUCUUUCUAUUCAUUCUUUUAAUCUUUAUUCAACUAAUUUAUCUGAUCCAUAUACAUUAUUUUCUCGAGGUUUUGAUUCUUGGGGUUGGUCAACAGCAAGAACAAGAUGGUCAUGGUUUAAAAAUCAAUGGACUAAAUAUAAAAAUUGGGAUAGUAUUGUAAGUCGACGAGCUAAACAAGAUAAAUGGAUAUGUUUAAUACCAAAAUUAAGUCGAACAAGAAUGAUUGGUUUAAAAGGAAUUAAUGUGAAUGUUUAUAAGGAAUCAGAAAAGAAACAAUUUGAAGAAAAUAUGUAUAUGAGUGAUAAAAUAAUUGAAUAUAAUGAAAAACAACCAAAUAUUAAUGAUAUUAUCAACAUCACAAAAAACACUGCAAAAUGUGGUAAAGCAUCUGGAUGUUUUACAUGUCGAGGUUGUCAAAACGAUUUUUGUAAUCGACAUGUUGUCGAACAUCAACAAGAAAUAAGAAAACAAUUGAAUGAUUUAACUGUUGAUCAUGAUCAUUUUCGACAAAGUCUAACUGAACAAACACAACAACCACAAUAUUAUUCUUAUAUAAAACAGAUCGAUGAAUGGGGGCAAGAGUCUAUUAAUAAAAUUCAUCAUGCGGCUAAUGAUGCUCGACAACACAUACAAAAUCUGAUUAAUCAACAUAUAGCUGAAUUGAAUGAAGAUUUAAGUAAAAUUACAUUAGAAUUACAUAAAGCUCGUGAAGAUGAUGAUUUUUAUGAAAUACAUUUAAAAAAUUGGAUGGAAAAGCUUAAUAAAUUGAAAAAUGAUUUUGCUCAAGCAGCAAAUAUCAGCAUUAGACAAGAAAAAAGUAAUAUUAUUUCAUUUAUGCCGAACAUUUUGCUAUCAAAGUCGUCAAAAGAAAUCUUUGAACAAUCAAUUGGCAAUAUUAGAAUUGAAGAUAAUGGUCAAGUUAUUGUCAAAGACCAAUUUAAUGGCGAUGCAACUGUACGUGGCAAUGGUGAAUAUGUUUCAGGAAAACAUCGAUUUCGAUUUAAGAUUGAGGUAAAUGGUACGAACAAGUGGUUAUUUAUUGGAGUUGCAUGCAAAAAUGUGCCUAUACGAGAGGUAUCCUAUUGCAACAAAUCUAGCUAUGGUUGGUGUGGAGGUGAUCGAGUCUUGAUCAAUGGGAUUUACCACUCUAGAUUUAAUGGCUACAAUGGUGAUAUAGAAACUAAUGAUAUAGUAGAAUUAUUAAUUGAUUGUGAUCAACAAAUAAUACAGUUAACCAAUGAACGAACACAUAGUAUAUAUACACUUGAAGUUGAUACGAAUAAAUGUCAAUUUCCAUGGCAAGUUAAUUUCAAUCUUUAUUUUGCCAAGGAUCGUGUUACUAUUCUUCAAGUUUAA